AUGAUGAAGGGGGAAAUCAUUAAACGGACAAAUGUUAUGAGGCUUCUAAAAAUCAUUUCGGUGAUAAUAGUAGUUAUAAAUAUAAUAUACUUUACUAGAGUUUAUAGUCUAAAAGAACAAGCAUUAAAGCAACAAGCAUUAAAACACGUUAAAAUCAAUUAUGAUGACGACGACAUUGAAUAUAGCAUUAACAAGAAUUACAAUGAAUUGAAUGAUAGUGAAAAAAUCAGUUAUUUAUUACAUUUGGUUGAACUGGAUAAACAGAGAUUUUGGUUAGCUCAAACCUCCAUAACGGAGCCAAAUUUGAUAAUUAACCCCCAAGAUUUUUUACCAGCCAAGAAACCUAAAUCCAAGGAUAAUACCAACGCAAAUAAAAAGGGUGGAAAGAAAGUGGAUGUGGUCGAUGAACCAAAUGAAGAAACUAAGAAGGGUGAGGACGAAAAGAUCGAAGACAAGAACCAAGAAAAAGUCGAAGUUGAAAACGGUCCAAAAGGGAACGAUAUACCCGAAUCUUCUAAUGAUAUUGGUAAGAGAGAUGAAGACAACUGGGUUACUAAGCCUACAUUAUUUUAUGAUCCUCGUCUCACCCUUUCAAUCUACCUCGACGAGAUCAAACAUCAAUUCCUUAAACACAAUCCGAAUAACGAAAAAUCUAAAGACCAUUUAGUUACUGUACCAUUCAGUUGGCAAGAUUGGGUUGAUUUAACUUUAUUAAAUGAAGAAUUAUCCAGACCAAUUGACGAAAGAUUAAAUUGUGAUUGGUUGCAAGAAGAAAUAUCUAAACCAACUAAACACCCCGAUUUUUGUAAAAAUUUGAAAGAUUUAAGUGAUGAUGAAUUAAAUGAUUUAAACUUACCAAAAUCUCAUUUACCAGGAUUUAUAGUCAAAGGAUCACCAAUGAACAAGACCCCUCAAAAACAGGCUAUGAUGUUAGGAAAAGCCCAUUUAUUAACUCAUCAAGAAAAUCCUUUACUGUUGAUUUUCUUAACUAAAAAUGGUACUUAUGAAGUACAAAUCGAUGAAAAGAAGAAAUUAGUUGAUACCCCAUUAGUGAAAAAUUUCUUAAAGAGGAACAAAUUAGAAGGUGAUUCGAUAAUUUUGAACCCUAUUCAUAAAUUCAAUGAACUAGAAACUUCUAUUGAACCAAGAAAGGAAAGCUUGGAAGAUGAUAUUCAUAAAAUGCAUGCCAUCACUCAUCAAACUUUCCAAAACGCAAGUAGAGAAUUAUAUUUAGACCCUGAAGUUUUCAAUUAUAAAACUCCUGAAGUGGUUGAACAGAUUCAAGAAUAUGAAGUUAGAUUGAAUAAGAUGAGACAAGCUGUCACCAAUGAAUUGCAUUUCGAUAAAGAAGUAAUCGAAGCCAAUAGAUUGAGUCGUCAUGAAUCGAAUCAUUAUAAUUCAUUAAAAUAUGCCAAUGAUUUAUCAGUUAAAGAAGAAACCACUUAUUAUAAAUUGGCAACUUUAUUGACUGACGAAAAUAACAAAGACACUGGAUGGCAUUAUGAAUGGAGAUUUUUCAAUGGAGCUUUAAGAUACGUGAAAGAAGGUUGGACUGCUGAACAAUUAGAAAUAAGAGAACAAAUCAUUUUAGAUAGAUUAUUAAGAAACUGGUUUAAAUUCACUGAAGAAAAAGGUAUCAUAAGUUGGAUUGCUCAUGGUCCUUUAUUAUCAUGGUAUUGGGAUGGUUUGAUGUUCCCUUAUGAUAUUGAUGUUGAUAUUCAAAUGCCUGCAAGUGAAUUAAAUCGAUUAUCUAAAAAUUACAAUAUGACCUUAGUUAUCGAAGAUAUUAAUGAAGGGUAUGGUAAAUAUUUGAUCGAUUGUUCUACUUUCUUACAUCACAGAGAUAAAGCUUUGAAAGAUAAUUUCAUUGAUGCCAGAUUCAUCGAUAUUGAUACUGGUACUUAUAUUGAUAUUACUGGUUUAGGUAAAAACGAUGAACCUCCACCACCAGAACAAGAUUCCUAUAUCAGAAGUAAGAAUGCUAAUGACGAAUCUGUUGAAUUAUACAUGGAUAGAAGAAAACAUUGGCUUACAUUUGAACAGAUUAAUCCUUUGAGAUACUCAUCAAUCGGUGGUGUACCAGUCUAUGUUCCUAAUGAUAUCAUGUCAAUGUUAAAUCAUGAAUAUGCAAAAGGUACCAAAUCAUACAAAUUCCAUGAUUAUUAUUAUAUACCCAUAUUAAGAUUAUGGCUCAAGAAAGACGAUUUCCAAAUCUUAUUGCAAGAUAGGAAUUUAAAUGAAUUAAACAAGAAACAAACUAUUGAUUUGCUUCAAAACUUGGAAUUGAAAGAUAAAGUGAGAUUACUUGAAACCAAUGAUAAUAUUUUAACAGAAUAUUAUCUAACACAUAAUCAUACUCAAUUACAUGAAGUUGAGAAGAAAUUCAUGUUAGACCCUUCCUUACAAUUUAGUAUCACAGACUUGAGGAAUAAUUUCGAAUACCAUCAUUUAACUUCGAAAUUCAAAAUGGGAAAACCUCUCAGAAAGGCAUUGUUCGAUUAUGAAUAUAUCGAGAGAUUAAAAUAUGUAGAUUAG